GUUCCUUCUGGGCACGUAUAGCCUGGCGGACCAAUAAUGAUAGGAAGCGAAUGCAUCACGUGGCUACAAUGCCGUCGAAAUUCUGGUCAGUUAUCGGUGCGCGUUGCAACGGAAGUCACGGAGCUGUGCACAAGCAGGGAACGUGUUUCGAACCACCUGUGAGGGCAACCCGACGAGAAUGACGAUCGAGACGUUGCGUUGCGCGAAAUUCGACAACGCGGAUUGUACGGUGGUCUGAAUAAAUCGUCAAUUUAUCAUGAAUAAAUCGUGAAUUUAUUUUCGCGGCAAAAUUGACGUAACAUACAAUUCCUCGGGGUGCAAAUUCUCGUCGAAGUUAUAGAAGAUAAACAUUUGUCUGGGGCUUUCCGCAAAUUAACAUUCCCACCGUCUGAGCCAUUCGAUCGAGGUGUUAAAUGGAUUCCCGUUUUAAGUGAAGAAGCCAAUCAGUACGUUUCGCGCGGGGCGAGCAAUUUCUCGCGAUCUCAUUGAGAGCUCUGCUCGCGACGCGCCGUAUCGAGAUAAUUAAUGGUGAAUGUGCCGUGACGAGAGACUUGAUGAUGUCACUUAACGUUUCCAACCCGGCGAAAGUGGUGGUUAUCUUAAAGCAAGCAAAAACGGUAAGCUGGGUUCGCGUCGCGGAACGUCGUGGUGCCAUCGCGCACCUGCGAUUCCUAAUGGAUUUUCUCGGGUUGUAUUUCGACACGCGGCAAUCCGUCGUCGAAACGCGCGAAACUCCAACGUCAAGAAUUGUCGCGGCACGGCGGAAAGUGCUACCGACGUAAAAUUAAAAUUCCUCCUGAAAAAAAUAAAAAAACGUAUAACGAAAACCGACAUGACGGUGCUUGUAUGUAAGGCUUGUAAAUACGUAACUCAAGCGGCGAGUUCCCCUUCCGUCUAAGUGAAGAUACGUGAUAGCGUGAACGUAUCGAGUGUGCGAGGAUACGUGAUCGCGAGGGGAUUUACGAAAUAGUUUAAAAAGUGGGAAAAAAUUCGGGCGAACGAGCGACGAAGGAACAAGAGGAAGGUGCAUAUUAAUCCCGCACUUGAAAAAGAUGUUGACAACGAUGUCUACCGUCGCGUUCGAAUUGAAUUCAUCCUAUUACACAACGGCGAUCGGCAACAGCGCGCUCGACGGAUUCUCAGUAAUCGAGUCGGAGAACGCUACUUCCGCGCUGUACAUGCUGCCCGCCUACAUCCGAACCACUUCGAUGGUAGCCUGUAUUAUCGUGAUGGUUCUUGGUAUAGUUGGCAAUCUGAUGGUGCCGUUAGUUGUGCUGCGGGGUAAGGACAUGAGGAACAGCACAAACAUCUUCCUGGUGAAUCUGAGCGUCGCCGACCUCUGCGUGCUCGUGAUCUGUACGCCUACAGUGUUAAUUGAAGUCAAUUCGGGCCCGCAAGUCUGGCCGCUCGGCGAACACAUGUGUAAGGCUGUUCCAUUCGUGGAAUUGACUGUGGCUCAUGCUUCGGUUCUCACAAUUUUAGCCAUCAGUUUCGAACGCUACUAUGCUAUCUGCGAACCUUUAAGGGCGGGAUAUGUGUGCACAAAAGCAAGGGCAACCUUUCUCUGUUUCUUGGCGUGGGUGGCAGCGGCGCUGUGUACAAGUCCCAUACUGCUUAUGGUGACCUACGAGAUAGAAGAGAAUGUCGACGGUACGUACGUACCUACUUGUACAACACCGGCUUCGACGACCUGGAUGACGGGCUUUAUCCUGACGACGAUCCUCGUGUUCUUCGUGAUCCCUCUGCUGAUCCUAAUAGUCCUAUAUACAGUGAUCGCCAGACACCUGAUGGCGAAUCCGGCGAUAAGUCGCGGACCGGCGAACAAUCUGCUCAAGUAUCGCAAACAGGUGGUUAUGAUGUUAGCCACGGUGGUGCUGUGCUUCUUCCUGUGUUUGCUGCCCUUCAAAGCCCUCACCCUCUGGAUCAUCAUCGUGCCGCCCAAGAUGGUCGUCUCGCUCGGCAUAGAAGGCUACUAUAGCCUCCUGUACUUCUGCAGAGUAAUGCUGUACCUGAACUCGGCGAUCAAUCCGAUUCUCUACAAUUUAAUGUCGACCAAAUUCAGGGAGGGUUUCCUCAAGCUGUGCGGCCUGGGACCCGCCAAGAGGAAGAAGAAGAAAACGUCAGAGCGUACGGGCACUUACACAACCGGCUCGACCAAUUGCAGCAGCAGCCACUCGGACUUCUGGCGAAGACACAGCAGUAACAGGAGCUGCAGCGUGAAGGGAUCAGAAAUUUGCUAUUCCGCCGAUGGAAUCAGCGAUAAAAUCCGACGACAGAAGCAAGAUAUUGUUAAAAGUCGGCACAAAAGCGAAAACAAAAUGGCAAAUUUUGUACAUAAAUCAGAAAUUAAUUGAAUUUUAAGAAACACACCUUGUUAUUGAACGUGGUAUGGUAGGUAUUUUCUACGAUGCUGGCAUCUCAGAAGAAAUACUUUUUAACGAGUAUUAGAUGCGAUGUACAAUUUAGAGGUUUAGACGCGAUGUACAAUUUCUUUUCAAAGCUAUAUCACAUACUAAUGCAAAGUAGCAGAUUUUACGCAAAACAUUUGAAAAACUUUUAAGAAGCUUCUGUGCAAUUGUUAUAGAAAUAGUCAUAUAAAAUGUUAUAAGAAUUUUUGUCACUUUUAACAUUCACUGUCUUUCUAAAUAAAGUAAGACUGACAUAAAUAUGACAUGAUUAAUAUUUUCAUUGUUGAGUUAACGAUAAUAUAAUUUAAUGCACAUAACGUAAUCGCUUCAAAGAAUUACAUCGCCAUUAGUGCCAUUUUUUUUAGAUAAGUAUGUUUUAAUAUAAAAAAAUUAAUGCACAAAUUUUUGCGAUAAUUUAAAUAUUUAUUGUUAUUUAUUACAAUAUAUCACAAGAAUUAUACUAUUUGUAAAUGGUAGGUAUAUAUUGCAUUAUUAGAUGAAUAUUUGCCAACUUUGCCAACAUUAUAUUUUCUGCUCAUAAUAUAAACUUUGCCAAUUAUAUUUUGUGCUCAUAAAAAACAAUAAUUUAUUGAUAAAAUUAAUGAAUAUCUAGUAGUUAUAAAAAUAUUGAAAUUUAGUAUCGGUAAACAUGUACAUUCAUGGUAAAUAGAUUAUCUAAAUUAUGUUGAUAUAUCAAAUAUUACAGAAAAUAUUAAUAGCUGUGUAUGACACUUAAUCUAUUAAAUUGAUUCUGCUAUAAUGCGCAUAUUAUGUAUAUAGAACAGAGAUGAUGUUUAGUUGAGCAGCGAUAUCCGAACAUGAUUGGUUAGGUCUAAUAGUAUAAAUAUAAAUAAGAUACAAAUAUAAGAGAUAUCUAAAUUAAAUAUAUGUUUAAUUGGUGCUCAUUAUUCUCUGCUGAACCAUCUCUGCUCAAACAUAUGUAUUAUCGUAUUAAAAACAAUAUACUUGUAAAAUUUUGUAUACAAUAAGUAACUCAGAAAUUCCCAAUUUGCUCUCAUUAAUGAAUUUUUAUAUUCAACGUCAUUACGAAGAUUAAUUGCGAAGCAUCAAUUAAUAUAUAAAUUAUUUUUGUUAAAUGUCAAAUACAUUAGAUUGAUCAUUAAAAUUCGAAUAAAAUAUUCAUCAGAACAAACUUUAAUUUAAUUUCACUAUAAAUUUAGUUCGCAAUCGAAUUUGCUUAAUUUCCGAUAUCAAUUAACUAUGGGAUUAACUUUCUUAGUAAACGUUUGCGUGAGAGAAAACAUCUUCUAUUUCAUCAAGAAAUUCAUUCCAGAAGAACUGAGAGAAAAUGCAUAUACUCUCACCACAAAUGUACUAGAAGAAGUUUCUUUAAUGCAAAUUAAUAUUAUCUUAAA